AUGUGUGCUGAAACAGUGAAACAUCUCUCUCUCUCUCGCUCUCUCAUAUUCUCUCUCUCGCUCUCUCAUAUUCUCUCUCUCACUCUCUCAUAUUCUCUCUCUCUCUCAUAUUCUCUCUCUCUCUCUCAUAAACAUCUCUCAAUUUUUCUCCCUCCAUCUCUCCUUCUUCUUUCUCCCUCCAUCUCUCCUUCUUCUUUCUCCCUCCAUCUCUCCUUCUUCUUUCUCCCUCCAUCUCUCCUUCUUCUUUCUCCCUCCAUCUCUCCUUCUUCUUUCUCCCUCCAUCUCUCCUUCUUCUUUCUCCCUCCAUCUCUCCUUCUUCUUUCUCCCUCCAUCUCUCCUUCUUCUUUCUCCCUCCAUCUCUCCUUCUUCUUUCUCCUCCAUCUCUCCUUCUUCUUUCUCCCUCCAUCUCUCCUUCUUCUUUCUCCCUCCAUCUCUCCUCCUUCUUUCUCCCUCCAUCUCUCCUCCUUCUUUCUCCCUCCAUCUCUCCUCCUUCUUUUCUCCCUCCAUCUCUCCUCCUUCUUUCUCCCUCCAUCUCUCUUUCCUUCUUUCUCCCCUCCAUCUCUCUUUCUUCUUUCUCCUCCAUCUCUCUUUCUUCUUUCUCCCUCCAUCUCUCUUUCUUCUUUCUCCCUCCAUCUCUCUUUCUUCUUUCUCCCUCCAUCUCUCUUUCUUCUUUCUCCCUCCAUCUCUCUUUCUUCUUUCUCCCUCCAUCUCUCUUUCUUCUUUCUCCCUCCAUCUCUCUUUCUUCUUUCUCCUCCAUCUCUCUUUCUUCUUUCUCCCUCCAUCUCUUUUUCUUCUUUCUCCCUCCAUCUCUCUUUCUUCUUUCUCCUCCAUCUCUCUUUCUUCUUUCUCCCUCCAUCUCUUUUCUUCUUUCUCCCUCCAUCUCUUUUCUUCUUUCUCCCUCCAUCUCUCUUUCUUCUUUCUCCUCCAUCUCUCUUUCUUCUUUCUCCUCCAUCUCUCUUUCUUCUUUCUCCUCCAUCUCUCUCUCUUCUUUCUCCCUCCAUCUCUCUUUCUUCUUUCUCCCUCCAUCUCUCUUUCUUCUUUCUCCCUCCAUCUCUCUUUCUUCUUUCUCCCUCCAUCUCUCUUUCUUCUUUCUCCCUCCAUCUCUCUUUUCUUCUUUCCCUCCAUCUCUCUUUCUUCUUUCCCUCCAUCUCUUUUCUUCUUUCUCCCUCCAUCUCUCUUUCUUCUUUCUCCCUCCAUCUCUCUUUCUUCUUUCUCCCUCCAUCUCUCUUUCUUCUUUCUCCCUCCAUCUCUCUAUCAAUUUCUAGCUUAAUUAUUAUCAAGAUGGAUAUUUACCUGUACCUCUCUUCCUUCAAUGAUUUUGCUGUACAUCUAUGUAUCCUCUCUUCUAUCUAUUUUUUUCUCUUUUGUCUCUCUUUAUUAUGA